ACUGACUCUCCAAAAAAGCCCCCCCCCUUCUCCCCAAAUUAGCUUAGCCUCUCAUAAACUCAAAUUAAUACCCCACACACCCACACACACAAACACAAACACAUUCUCUCUCUCUCUCUCUCUCUCUCCAGAUCUAAAAUCGCUGAUUUCUCUGAGUCUUAUUUGGGUUCUUGAGGGCUAAUUUUAUCAUCAACAGCAAUGGCGGUGACACCCUCGGCUCGCGAAGAGAACGUGUACAUGGCGAAGCUUGCCGAGCAAGCCGAGCGGUACGAGGAGAUGGUGGAGUUCAUGGAGAAGGUCUCCGCGGCGGUGGAGAGCGAGGAGCUCACCGUCGAGGAGCGAAACCUUCUCUCCGUGGCGUACAAGAACGUGAUCGGCGCGAGGCGGGCCUCGUGGCGCAUCAUCUCCUCGAUCGAGCAGAAGGAGGAGAGCCGCGGCAACGAGGACCACGUGUCCAUGAUCCGGGACUACAGAUCCAAGAUCGAGUCGGAGCUCUCCAACAUCUGCGACGGAAUCCUCAAGCUCCUUGACACCAGACUCAUCCCCUCCGCCGCCACCGGCGACUCCAAGGUCUUCUACCUCAAGAUGAAGGGCGAUUAUCACCGCUACUUGGCGGAGUUCAAGACCGGCUCCGACCGCAAAGAGGCCGCCGAGAGCACCCUCACUGCCUACAAAUCCGCUCAGGAUAUUGCAAACACUGAGCUGGCUCCUACACAUCCAAUCCGGCUUGGACUUGCUCUGAACUUCUCUGUGUUUUAUUAUGAGAUUCUGAAUUCCCCGGAUCGUGCUUGCAAUCUUGCUAAACAGGCUUUUGACGAAGCGAUUGCUGAGUUGGAUACCCUGGGCGAGGAGUCGUACAAGGAUAGCACUUUGAUCAUGCAACUUCUCCGUGAUAACCUCACUCUUUGGACCUCCGACAUGCAGGAUGAUGGUGCUGAUGAGAUCAAAGAAGCUGCUGCAGCAGCAGCACCCAAGAACGAUGAACAGCAGUGAACUAUGGAUUAGGGUUGAGCUUCUCCUCAAUGUCUUUUUAAUCGGAGAAGGUGCUUGGUACUAAUUUCACCGCUACUCUGAAUUCGUAGGCAUUCUUGUUUAUUGUUACUGAAUGGUGGAAGCUCCGGGUCCUUUUAGCUUAUCCUAUCAAAUUACAUGUGUUUUCUGGAUGCGCCUUGUUUUUCUUGAAGAUAUUUAUGCCUUUUAUUUUUCCCAUCUUGGGCAUUUUAUUUUGCUUUUUCUUUUUCUAUCAUUAGCUUCAUAAUGUUUUCGGUUUCCCAGUUAAGGGAAUUUAUCUUAGUCUAGUUUGAUUGGUGUUCUAUUCUGUAAGAUCAAAAGGUGCAUUGAUAUAUUUAUUGGAUGUUUGAUGAUUGCUUUCAGUCUA